GAGAGCUAUAGAGAACGAGAGACAAAGACAAAAUCAAGUAACAUCGUCAUUUUUUUUUUAUUCAUUUAUUGCGAUUUCAUUUUUUUUCCUUUUGGAUUUUCGUCGUGGAAAAUCAUCAUCAUCAUCGUCGACGACAUCAUAAUCGGUUCAUUCAUCCAGACCGAAUAAUAAUCAUACAGCAGACACCAUUUAUUCGUUCACAUUUUUUGUUGUUUAACACGAAAAUCCCAAUCAUCAUCAAAUCAAUUGUUUGAAUUGUCACAAUUUUUUUUUGUUCAUCCUUUUUUUCGAUUAUAAUAUUUUGAUUUUCAAUUCAAUCGUUUCGUUGAACAUCAAAAGAAAAUCCAAGCGUUUUCUGGUGUGCCCGUUUUUUUCCCUUUUUGUUUCAUAUUUUAUUUUUAAGUUUAAAUAGAUUUCUGUAUACCAUCGAUUGUAUGAAUCAAAAAGCAGAGAGACCAACACUCCAAGGUCAACGAAUUAAGACCAGAAAAAGAGAUGAAAAAGAGAAAUUCGAUCCACAAGGAUUCCGUGAUUCGAUUAUACUUGGCAUCAAAGAAACAAACGGCGAUCUUGAUCAGCUUUCAAAAUUUCUCGACAUCUCUGGAUCAAAAUUAGAUUAUCGUCGUUACGGUGAAUCAUUGUGUGACAUAUUGAUUGCUGGCGGCCUACUAGCACCCGGUGGAUCAAUAUUGACCGAUAACGAGCCUGAACAAACCUACACCGAAUAUUCGGUAUUUGGACGACCAUCUGAUGACGAAUCAGUGAAACAAUUUGUUUCAUUAGUAUUUGUUCGUCUUAUACGGCGAUAUAAGUAUCUGGAAAAAUCAUUGGAAGAAGAUUUGAAAAAGAUUGUUGUCUUUUUACGUGCAUUUACCGCCGAUGAUCGUCUUAAAUUGGCUAAAUUAUUUGCCUAUCUAUUGGCAUCUGGUCAUAUUUCGGUCGCACCAUUGAAAAAAUUGCUUGAACAAGACCUGUUGAUCAAAGAAGGUUUUGGAUUUGAAUUCCUUUUGCAAGUAUUGCAAAGUUGGCAAAAUGAGAAAGAUGCAUCCACAGUGUGGACUGCUUUACGAAAAUCGGGAUUGGAUUCCAAAUUGUUGGAUUUUCUGCCAAAAUCCAAACGUAAUCAGGAUACAUUCAGUAAAUCAAUGCUUGAAUAUGGAUUACAACAAUUGUUGGCAUAUCAAGAGGCACAACGAGUGGAAACGUUGAAGAAAGAAUUAUCGCAAGAGAUUCAAAAUCAAAUCAAUGAAAAUGGUUCAACACCCAAAGAAUUGAUCGGUAUCGUUAAAGAUUAUAUGACAGAAUAUUCAUUGACAGAAACUGAAGUAAUUGUUAUUUUAUGGAAUACUCUCAUGAGUAUGGUUGAAUGGAAUAAGAAAGAAGAAUUGGUUGCCGAUCAAGCUAUGAAACAUUUACGGGUCUAUAUACCAUUAUUUGCUGAAUUUACUAAAACUAACAAGGCUGAAAUGUCAUUAAUGUUACGUAUACAGGAUUAUUGUUAUGAAAAUAUGAAUUUUUUGAAAGCAUUUCAAAAAAUUAUAUUUCUAUUCUAUAAGAAUGAUGUAAUCAGUGAAGAUGUCAUUCUUCGUUGGUAUAAAAAAGAUCAUUUAUCAAAAGGUAAAAGUAUCUUUCUUGAGCAGAUGAAAAAAUUUAUUGAUUGGCUUAUGAAUGCCGAAGAAGAAGAAUCUGAAGAAGAAUAAAAUCAUUCAUUCAUUCAUAACAAUCAUUCUGUAUGUGUGUUUUGUGUAUUCCGUUGAAGAUGGCCGUAUCCAUUUAACAAUCUUAUAGAUUCAACAUCAUAUAUGAACAUUGUUUACAAACACACACACACACCACCAACACCAAUUGAACCUUCUGCCAUUUAAAAUAAACACAAUUUGUUUAUCCUAUUUACUCUUUCUUUUUUCUCUACACAUA